UUGACUGGAAGAAGGAACCAGGAGUGAGUGUCUAUCAUACAAGGUCCUGGAGACUGAGGCCGAUCUUCAGGCCGCAGGUCUCCUUUAUACAGGGGCCUGUGGGAGGAGCCACAGGAGCAGUCAGCAGGGGCGUGUCCCGACAGGCACAUAGUUCACCACAUUCACCCCCCCUUCGUUUGAAAAAGUCCUCAUGUAGCGAAGGUUCUUACAAGUCAAGCCGAUCAGGCGGUCGAAUCUGUCGCUGCGAUCUACGUAGCACCGGCUGUGACCGCAUAGGUGCCGGCAACAUUGGCGAUUGCACAGGGGACGGGGGUUGCGCGUGUUCUUGCCCACUAGGCGCCGGUGAUCCCUCAUGCAUGUGCGAGGCGCCUGGUAUAAAUGUGUACGAAACGCCCGGUAUACAAGUGUCGUGAGGAGUCUGUGUAGGGCCUGGAAUAAAUUCAUGGGUGGACGCUGUUGUGGACUGCCAAAACAAAACUGGUGCCACCUUUGGAGAAAUGAAACUUAAAUAUGGGCUGUUUGGUGGUUCACGUACCAAAGCUGGUUGUCCGAUCCUUGUUGAUGACGGGACUAUUAAAGUUUUGGAUUGCCUUCAAAAUGCAGGAACUGCAAGAAUUAUCCACAUCCUAGUUAUACUAUUCCUUGUUUUUGGACUGUUGUUUGCACUGCUAAGUGCCAUAGUGUCCUUUUACAACAGUGUCAGCAAUCCAUAUGAAAACAUCUGUGGACCUAUUAGUAUUUAUGUAUGCAGCUCCAUUAGUGGUGUUUCAACAUUUUUGGCGAUGGUUCUGUUUGCAGCAAAUACAGCAGCGAACAAAUUAUCAAUGAUAUUGGUAACAAAUUCCGUUAAAGAGAGCCUGAUUAAAUUCAAGUCUAAUUCGGAUAGUUAUGGCUACCCAUUUUGGCUUAUCUUGCUCUCAAUGGUACUUUGUGUUACCACAGUUGGAAUUACCUAUGCAUAUCAACAUGCAAAUUUUGACAUAGAAAGAGAACAAAAAAGGCCAGCAGAAAAUGCAACCAAUGAUGUUUUGAUGUAUUAGCUUGUGUGGACGGAGAAAUCAGAAGCUACUGUGUAAUAAAGAUUAUAGAAGUGACAAGUAAUUUGUUGUGGUAUGGACUGUGUGAUUGUUAGAGAUUAUGUUAUUCCUUCAUUUCAUUUCAACACUUUGUCUAAAUGCAACACAAUGUGGUGUAGGGUGCCACUCUCCACUGUCACAACAAUAAUCACAUUGGAGUGAAAUAUCCUUCAAAAUAUUAUACUAAAUAUGACCUUAUUUUUGCGGGUAACUUCUGACUUUUGAAGCUGAGGCAGUGAAUAUAAGCUAUGCCGGCCGUGAUGUCAAGAUUUGUGGAGACUGAUUUUCCAUGUCUUCUAUUACUACUAUACCUGUGAUCACUGUAUGGGCUCAAUUCAUUAGCCCAGCUUCUUCACUUUCCUGGAAUGGGUAUGUGCAUGGAGUAAGGUUGAAACACAAUACUUGCCCUUGUGAUUGUUUUAUAUUUAUUAAUGUAUUGUUAUUAUUCUCUGGACAACAUAUGCUGCCUAUUGAAUUACUCUAAGUCAACCAAAAAAUGUUUUCUUGAAUAAAGGUCAGUAAUUGAUCACAAUAAACAAUUCUGUUUGUUAAUUAAAGAUACUAAUUCUCUACUGACUAUAAGCACAACUUCAAACUCAAUAAGAACUACCCAAAAUAAUAC